AUGGUUGAUUUCUAUCAACUCACCUGUUGGCAGGAAGCUUCUUUUUAUAAAGAGAGACUAGGAAGAAAAAAGCUGAAGCAGCCAGUUAUUUAUGAACAUAAUCGUAUGGCUUCAAAACAGUCGAAAGACUCAAAACUUCAUGGUUGCGAAGAAGCUGAUGGUCAGUUUACCCAAGAAACCAGAGAUUUGCUAUCAUCCAUGCCAAAACAAAAAGCAUGGGUGCGUUCAGAUCAUAUCUAUCAAUACCAGAACUUCUGGUACGGUGCUGCAGAGCUACAAGGCGUCAUAAAUGUGCAAAGAAACUUCAAAGCUCUUGAUUCCGAUCUUAUCGUUGCGACGUAUCCUAAAUGCGGUACUACUUGGUUGAAAGCGCUGCCUUUCGCGAUCAUGAACAAGUAUCAUUUCAAUACCGCAACCUUGAAACAAAACCACCCUCUUCUCACAAUUAAUCCACAUUUACUUCUUCCUUUUCUGGAUAAUGUUUACUCGACUGACAAAAACCCGGAUUUAGCAUGUUUCUCGGUUAACAACCUGCUUUUGGCAACUCACUUUCCACUUGCAUCUUUGUUUCAAUGCAUCAAGGACUCGAAGUGUAAGUUAGUUUACAUAUGCAGAGAUCCAAAGGAUACUGUUGUUUCAUACUGGCAUUUUAUCGCCAAAAUCAGAACCAAGAAUAUGGAGAAUAUUUCACUAGAAGAAUUUUAUAAGCAGUUUUGUGAUGGCGUUGUUGAGUAUGGAUCCUUUUGGGAUCAUGUUCUAGGGUUAGCUCAGUUCUUGGGUUACCCGUUUUCUGCCGAGGAAGAAAAUGAGGGAGUGGUUGAGGAAUUAUUGAAGUUGUGUAGUUUCGAUCAUUUGAGCAAUUUAGAAGCGAAUAAGAAUGGCAAAGUGCCGGUACUAGAGAUUGGAUGUAGUGCAUUUUUCCGUCGAGGAGAAGUCGGAGACCAUGUCAAUUACUUAACCCCUGCAAUGAUAGAGCGAUUAGAUAAGAUCACUGAGGAGAAGUUCUCGGUCAUGGGUCAUUAUUUCAUGUAUGGUAAGUGUUCCCAACUUUGUGUUGGAAUAUGUGUACCAGCACUUUUACAUACAGUAUUGUAUGAUUAUGACAUAAUGGUAGUUAAAGUAGGUCCCCAAGCAGGUGAAGGAAAGCAAUUUGUUUUCGGUUUUUACAUCACAAACGAACAAGUCUUAGGAAAAUUACUGUAA